ACACACAAAAUUUCAUUCACAUCGUGAUAUCAUCGGACUGCAAACAAACUUCCAAAAUCGACACAGAAUCGAAUAGUUCGAAUUUACAGAUGAUUCUUGAUUCUGGCCAUGAAAGUUGAUUGACAUGUGCGCUUGUUUGUACAGUCUCCAGUCGCCAGUUGCCAACUACCAGCUACCAACAUUUUGGUCCAUGGUCGUUCAUUAGGCUCAGAUUAGCUAAGGCUUAGUCGGUUUACCAGUCACACAUUCCGACAUUCAGGCAUACACAUAUGUGUGCACAUACAUAGAUGUCCAUCACUUGUUUGGCUGUUUGUUAUUUUGGGGGCUCUCUCUGUGUUAUUGAUCUGGCGAGCCGAAGCAAUUGACUUUAAUGCCGUGGAAUCACAGCGAAAAUCUUGGCAGGCGCUCAACUAAAAUGCGUCGCAUUCUUUUACCGCAGUUGAAAAUUGUUUGAGGGCAGCCAGAGAAGCGAAGUGAAGUGAGAAUUGAGCAAAUAAAUCACACUGCCAAAGGCAACUAAACAACAACUCAAUCGAAGACAUCGAAGUCGAUGAAAACGCGCAAUGAUAAAUCGAAAAUAUUCUUAGUUGUUUACACAAAGCUCAGUGAAGCGGCCGGACGGAUGGCCAACCAUCAAUGAAAACGACGCACAACAAAAAAAAAAAAAAAAAGAAAAAAAAAUUGUCGUUCAGCUCUUUCUGGCGCACUCAAUGAAAAGCAACACAAACCUCUCCAACCAUUUGAUGGCACUCUGUGGGGACAGUCGCUUAAUGAACGAGCAAACAGGAGAUUAUGCUGCCACUGAACAGCGACAGCAGCGUCGGACCAAAACUCCCAGCUCCCAUCUUCACUAGAAUUGUUCGGUAAACAACUUGUGAGUCCUUGCGUCCCUUCUCCUUGCCCUGGACAGCAUUCAAGUGUUAAUUGUGUGCGUGAUUUAAGCUUUACCGAGAGCGCACGCCAAGCCUACACUGUCCACCAAGAAUAAUUGCUUUUUUGAUUGAGUUCAAUGUACAUGGGGGCUUUAACUGCCCGCUUGCCUCAAUGUCUGCCUGCUGCCAGUCUGCCAGUCUGUCAAUCUGCAAUUCCAGUUUGAAUUUGAAUGUUCAAAAGCGCUUGAAUCCUUGACAACGACGCAUUCCCACGCAGUGCUCGCAUCAAAUGUUUUAUCCGCAGGAACUACUGCCACGGCCACGCGCUCGUCCUCCUCUCUAUGGCAGUUACAUCCAGAGCCCUGGACUGCUGCAACCCAGCAGCCGUGAUCAAAGCCGUUUCAAGCCGCAUCACUGUUGCAAGCGGGGCAAAUUUGUUCGUCUGAUGUUGCCCUACCUCAAGGAGUACUGUGCCACAUCCUCUGUGCAUGGCAUUCGCUAUCUGACAGACCCCAAGCUGCGUAACCCAAGAAAUUAAAGCUCGCUAAUGUUUUUUUUUUUCAGAUUUCUUUGGCUGCUUAUUUUAAUUGGCACUUUUAUUUGUGCCUCAAUUGUGUAUGUCGAUUUGACGGCACUGUACAACUCGGAGCGCGUACAAACAACCAUUGAGAACACAAUGCAACCCAUCUUUUUUGUACCCUUUCCAUCUGUCGGCCUUUGCCUUCGCAGUCGCCUUAAUGUGUUAGCAUUGGAAAACGAAGCCACGGAUUUGUUUUUGGGCGCAAAUGCAACUCAAGCCAAGAAGGAACUCUUUCAACAUUUUAUUUUAAGCGUGUCAGAUAUACAUUUUAAUGAUAUGAGAAGUCUAACGAAGUUCUUUGCUAACGAAACUCUAGCCGCAAAUCUAAGUCAACUGGAUGGCAUUGAUGUGACGAAGGUGUUGGAGUAUACCAAUUUGAGGUGCACCCAUAUAUUUGUGGAAUGCAGCUGGAGGAGCAAGCCCUACAACUGUUGUGAUAUCUUCGAGCUGCAACGCACCGAACUGGGUUAUUGUUGGGUCUUCAAUUCACAAAUCAGCCCAAAGACAAUAAGGAUGGCAAAAGAAAGCAAAUACUAUCCACGUCGGCUGUCACAAAAUGGACCUGGCACUGCCUUGGAAGUAUAUCUGCGUCGAAACAAAUCCUACAUUCGAACUAAUGGACAUGGCGUCCACAUAAUGGUGAAGCAGCCGCAACAAUGGAGCGAUUCAGCCAGACUGUUGCCAGUGGAUAGUAACAAUAAAAUCAGUCUAAAUCCACGAUAUACUAGCUCCGAUGUGAGGACGCGCAGUCUAACGCCUAGGGAUAGACGCUGCAUCUUUCCCGAUGAGAUCAAAGAUCCGCUCUACAAGAACUUGCCCGGCUUUGUCUAUUGGCGUGGCAACUGUCGCAGCAGAUGCCAUCAGGAACAUGUGGUUAGUCGGUGCAACUGUUCGCCAACUGUGCUCUUUCCCCUCAGCAAGGAAGACAACUUUACGGAUUGCAAGGCCUCGGAUUUCAAAUGUCUGUAUGACCAUAGAAUGACAUUCGGUGUGGAGCGGCUUGCUCUAGAAACCGAUUACGUGGAUGAUGUCUACGAGAAUGCCAUGACCUGUGACUGCCUCAACAGCUGUGAGCAGUUAAUUUACGAUACCAUUCACAGCAGCACGGCCAUGGGCAACAACGAACUCGACCAGGAUGCGUACAGCAUGCGCAUUGAUAUCUUCUUUCAGUCACCUUGGUUUAUCAAAUAUCAAACUCAUAUGCGCUUCACAUUUGUCGAAUUGCUGGCCAGCUUUGGAGGCAUCAUUGGUCUCUUUCUUGGUGCUUCGCUGCUCAGCGCCAUUGAGCUAGUCUAUUACUUCACCAUUGGCCUUUAUUUAUAUUUAUUCAACAACAAGAGAAACCCCAAGAAGCAGGAAGUCCAAGAACCACCCAUCACUUUGCAUUUCCGCCGCAAAAUAACACCAAUAAAAAUGUUUUAUUAAUAAC